AUGAGAAUCUGCAAGAUGGUCCGGGUGGCGAGUGUGCUGGGGCUGGUCAUGCUGAGCGUCGCGCUGCUCAUCCUCUCCCUCAUUAGCUACGUCUCCCUGAAGAAGGAGAACAUCUUCACCACCCCCAAAUAUGCCAGUGCUGGGGGGCCCCGUAUGUACAUGUUCCAUGCUGGCUUUCGGUCUCAAUUUGCCAUGAAGUUCUUGGACCCUUCGUUUGUACCAAUUACUAAUUCCCUGACCCAAGAGUUACAAGAGAAGCCGGCCAAGUGGGUAUUUAACAAGACGGCCUUUGCGCGACAGAGACGGGAGAUCCUACAGAACGUAGAUGUCAUCCGAAACUUCUCUUUGACCAAGAAUAGUGUAAGGACAGGACAAUUAAUGCAUUACGAUUACUCCAGUCACAAAUAUGUUUUCUCCAUCAGCAAUAACUUCCGAUCGCUGCUCCCCGACACCUCUCCCGUCAUGAAUAAACGUUACAACGUCUGCGCCGUCAUUGGGAACAGCGGCAUUCUCACGGAGAGCCAGUGUGGGGCUGAAAUCGACAAGGCGGACUUUGUCUUCCGCUGCAACUUCGCCCCGACCGAGGGUUUCCAGAAGGACGUUGGAAGAAAGACCAACCUUACCACCUUCAAUCCGAGCAUCCUUGAGAAGUACUACAACAAUCUACUCACUAUACAAGAUCGCAACAAUUUCUUUUUGAGCUUGAAGAAGCUUGAUGGGGCCAUUCUCUGGAUCCCAGCGUUUUUUUUCCAUACAUCUGCAACCGUUACUAGGACACUGGUUGACUUCUUUGUGGAACACAGAGAUCAGCUGAAGGUUCAGUUGGCCUGGCCGGGGAACAUCAUGCAGCAUGUAAACAGGUACUGGAAGAACAAGCACUUAUCCCCUAAACGUUUGAGCACCGGUAUCCUAAUGUACACCCUUGCCUCUUCAGUCUGCGAAGAAAUCCACUUGUAUGGCUUCUGGCCCUUCGGAUGGGAUCCCAACACGGGGAAAGACCUUCCGUACCAUUAUUACGACAAAAAGGGAACCAAAUUCACCACCAAAUGGCAGGAAUCCCACCAGCUUCCUGCAGAGUUUAAAUUACUGUACAAAAUGCACAGAGAAGGACUGACUAAGUUGACUUUAUCACAAUGUGCCUAAGAACAAAGCAACACAAACAUGUGCCAAUUGAUAAAAGUGCCCAAAAUGUAAUUUAAUAUUCAUCGGGGGGGGGGGGAUAGGAACAAAAAUGUAAUUAAUGACGUAGAAUGUAGAUCGUCUCAUCUGUCUUUUGUACUCGUUGCCAGGUUGUUUAGUGAGUGUGUAGCAACGUAGAGCCGAGGAACAUUCUCACAAUGAGGGAACACAUUUGGUAGAUACUCGGCAGCCGUGUAUUUGCUUCUAUGGGUCUCCCGCGUCCUUUCACAAUAGUUAUGAACAUCUUGGGUCAAAAUAGAUCAAAUUGGGAAAAGCGUAUUGAAUAUUUACACAAUGGGAAAGUCAAACAGUUGAGAAAUGGUUUGUGAUUUGGUGCAAUUUGUUUUACAGAAUCAUCACUUUGUGGCUUAUUGAACUGAGUUUUUGUUAAUAGAUCUAUGGAAAUUCAAAAAUUCUGUACUCUGUUUUGAUUAAAGGGGCGGUUCACCUUUAUUAUAUUAACUUUUAGGGGCUGAUUUACUAAUCCACGAAUCCGAAUGGAAAAAAUUUGGAUUGGAAAACGAACAUUUUGCGACUUUUUCGUAUUUUUUUUUUUAGGGGCUGAUUUACUAAUCCACGAAUCCAAAUGGGAAAAAUUUGGAUUGGAAAACGAACAUUUUGCAAUUUUUUCGUAUUUUUUGCGACUUUUUCGUAGCCGUUACGACUUUCGCGCAUUGUCGCGACUUUUUCAUUGCCAUUACAAAUUUCGUGAAUUGUCGCGACUUUUUCAUAGCCAGUACGACUUUCGUGAAUUGUUGCGACUUUCGUAUUGAGCGCUCGAAAAAGUCGCAAAAUACCGAUCAUUUACGAAAAAAACGCUUUCGGAUGUUCGUGGAUUAGUAAAUGUGCCCCUUAGUGUGUUAUAGAAUGUCCUAUUCCCAGCAACUUUGCAAUUUGUCUAUUUUUGAUGGUUUUUGAAUUAUUUGCCUUUUCAGCUUUCUAAUGGGGGUUAGUGAUGAGCUUUGCUGAAAAAUCUGUGAAACGACAGAAAAAUUAGCGAAAUUUUGACGCAACAAAAUUCACUUAUGGCUAACGGGGGUCACUGACCCCGGCAGCCAAAAACUAUUGCUCUGUGAGGCUACAGCUUUAUUGUUAUUGCUAUUUUAUAAACUUAUUUUUCUAUUCAGUCCCUCUCCUAUUCAUAUAUCUAUCUCUCCUUUAAACCACUGCCUGGUUACUAGGAUAAAAAAGACCCUAGCAACCAGAUAGCUGCUAUAUUACCAAGUGAAGAGCUGCUGAACAAAAAGUUAAAUAACCAUAAACCAUAAAAAAUUAAGGUCAAUUGGUAGUUGACUCCGGACUGAACUUGACCAGUUUGGAAUUUCAGCAGCAGUCUGGUUGCUAUGAUGUAAAUUACCUUAGCGAUGAGGGAGUGGUUUGAAUAAGAUGCUGGAAUAUGAAUAAGAGAAGGUCUGUAUAGAAAGAUAAGUAACAAAAAGUAACAAUAACAAUAAAACUGGAGCCUCACAGAGCAAUAGUUUUUGGCUGCCGGGGUCAGUGACCCCCAUUUGAAAGCCGGAAAGAGGCACAAGAUGAAGACAAGUAAUUAAAAAACUAUGCAAAACAAUAAUGAAGACCAAUUGAAAAGUUGCUUAGAUGUCCAUUCUAUAACAUACUGAAAGUUCACUAAUAAUCUCCUACAUGAUAGUGUAGAAACCAUUGGGAAUUGUAUGAUGAUCUGCAAAUUUAUAUCAGCUUUUCCAGCAUGACAUUUAACUGGUUAAAAAGGUUUAGUUAGAGUAAGAGCCAGCUAACUAUCUCCCUGUCCUAACUAGUUGCAAAUUUGAUUCCAAAAUAGACCUAAUAUCAUGUCUUGUUUAAACAAAUUGCUCCAGCCAUACUGUAGGCCCCUUAUUUCCAGGGAAACUUCCAUGUAUAGAAUAAUCCAACCAACCAAUUCUGGCUGCACCAGAUUCAACAAUGGCAUCCAAACCUACAUAAGGGUGAAGACACACGGAGCUACUAGUAGCAGCUACUUGUCACGGCUACAAAAGUAGACAAUGCUGAUCAUUUACUGAUAAUUGUGUGUUUUAGCAGAGGCAGUUCUCAGUAUUGUCUAUGGCAGGGGAUUUUAUAGCGUUUAGUAGCUGCUACUAAGUAGCUCUGUGUGUCUUCAGCCUUGGUAGGGUAAUGUGCUAUCUCUUCUUUGCUCAUUAUUUUUGUAGGGUUUCAGAACAUAUUUCUGCCUGUGAUCCUUCUGACCCCGACCCCCUAGUUUUCACUUUCAGAACGUUCCGGUUGGGCACAGUCUUAUUUUUUUAGAUUAAUUCCAUGUCCGUUUAGGGCUAGGGUUGCCAGUUGGAUGGUAUUUUGCCACCUAAUCAGUGAAAUAUCAGACAAGGGCAGGGUCGGACAGGGCCGCUGGAAAAUAACCGGUGGGCCCCAGCGGCCCAGACCCGACCCUGUUGCUGCUUCCCCUGGCUGCCGAUGUCCUUCCCUUGAUGGGUUUCACAUACGCGCAUUCAGGGGAGGACGUUGGGUGGGGGCCCCUGCAGGGGGGUAAGGGGUGCAUGGCGGGAGCCCCUGCAGGGGACAUGUCCGGCGGAGAUACCUUGGGGGGUGACGGGCCCCUGGGGAGGUAGUCCCGGUGGGCCUUGCACCCCCAGUCUGACCCUGGACAAUGGCUAAUACAAAUGUACUAGCAAUUACCUGCAGCUAAAUUUGCCCUUUUAGCCAGAACCCACCCCAUCACCUGCAUCUUUACCUUAUGACCCAGCCUCUUUACAUCCCUGCCCCUCCUACAGCAUUGCCCCAACCCUCCUACAUUAUUACCCCACCCUUCCUACAUCACCCCCAGCACAUCCCAGACAGUAUUUUUCUAUUGAAAAGAUGGCAACCAUACCCUCUGUACCCUAUUAGCCAGAACCCUAUCCUGUACCUUCUCACCCAGCCUCUUUACAUCCCUGCCCCUCCUAUAGCAUUGCCCCAACCCUCCUACAUUAAUGCCCCACCCUUCCUACAUCACCCCCAGCACAUCCCAGACAGUAUUUUUCUAUUGAAAAGAUGGCAACCAUACCCUCUGUGCCCUAUUAGCCAGAACCCACCCCAUCACCUGCAUCUUUACCUUAUCACCCAGCCUCUUUACAUUCCUGCCCCUCCUAUAGCAUUGCCCCAACCCUCCUACAUUAAUGCCCCACCCUUCCUACAUCUCCCCCAGCACAUCCCAGGCAGUACUUUUCUAUUGAAAAGAUGGCAACCCUACCCUCUGUGCCCUAUUAGCCAGAACCCACUCCUUUACCUUAUAAACCAGCCUCUUUACAUCAUUGCCCCUCCUACAACAUUGCCCCAACCCUCCUACAUUAAUACCCCACCCUUCCUACAUCAGCGACACCCCCAGCACAUCCCAGCCAGUAUUUUUCUAUUGAAAAGAUGGCAACCCUAUUAGUGGCAGAAUGUUAUCUCACUUAGUGCAAGUUACUCAGAAUUAUAUUUUUAUAAAGGACUAGUGAUACAAACAAAUAUGUCUACUUUGUAGUAUAGCCUAGAUUAAAAUAGUAUAGAAAUGCUAGAUCCUUUUUUUUUCCAUUUGUGUUUGUCUUAAGGGCAGUUUUGGGAAUUACUUUUAAACUCUUUCUGUCGGCAAACGAAAAACAAAGGGGAAGAAAACAUAUUUCUUUAAAAAAUGCAUUUUAUGCAAGCUUCACACUCGAAGCAUCGAUGGGAUCUGGUUUGCACUGUUUUGUAUCCCUGUCGCAGUGUAGCUGCCUGCUCUGGAGAGGCUUUUGCUCAUUAGUAGGGAGAUCAUUAGUUAAUUAUGGGGGGGGGGUGUUAGCAUGUUUCUUUAAGAGAUAGCCGGGUCUUUUAGUUGCAGUUUAUUUGGGAAGUCUUGUUUAUAAAUGAUAGCUGUAAUUAAAUGUAUUUUAGCAGAUACAAUAAGGGCAUUAGAUUUGAUAUGUAUGGAACUAUUCUGAAGAUAUAAUUUAUUCUAACAGCUACAAAAAUAGACAUUUUUGGACAAUAAAAGCAGCUUGUGUAAAUGAUUGUAUCAGAGCAAUGAUAGGAGCUCAGUUGUAAGUAGUACAGCAGAACUAUAAAAGCACAUGGGAUACAAUGAAAUAAUGACGUAUGCACAUGUACAAAGAUAUAGUAGAUAUUAUGGGAUGGAAGCCCCAGUGGUGUAGAAAUAUAUAUGGAAUGUCACUGAUUCCUCAGUACAUUAAUACAUUAUCAGUAGAAUAGUUUUUACCCAUCAGCUUAACGUCACAAUGGGUGAUUUCUCAGCAGCACUUGAUGUCACAAUAGGUCACGUCAAAAGCAAAGAUGGGGGAAAUGCUCAUGAUUUGUUCAUUGAACUUUCAUCAUCUAAAAAAUAAUAAUAUAGCCAGAAAGUUCCAAAGCUCCUUUCUGGUUAUUGUUUCACAACUGAGUUUUGGAAUGUAGAGGCCCACGCUGAGUGUUAAUCAAUACAACUGAUGCUGUAACUCACCACUACCUGCUCUACCUGCUUUCACUUCACUUGAAUGGGAAGGGCUACAGGGUCAGCAUUGGGCCAAACAUGACAAAAAAAAUCAAAUAUCAAAACAUGUGCCAUAGUCACUAGCUUGAGUAUAAAGACAUGGGUACAUGUAUGGAUAUUUCACCGGGGGCAUUUUUGAAUGAUAAUCAUGGGUUGUUUGUGGAACUUGCCAUUGUACAAGAAGGCCCUCUUAGAUCACUGGUAUAUUUAAUUUUCUGCUACUAAGUAGUCAGUAUGCUUUGGCUACCACAGCCCAUAGGAACCACCGUUUGUAUUCUCAAAAAUUGGUAAACAGUAAAAUAUUGCUACAAAACACUACUGAAUCUAAAUCUGGCACCAAAGGGCACUUUAUAGGGAAUGUAUGGUUAUUUCUCUUUUGGAUUCCGCUCCUUGUUUCUAUGAAGAUAUCCCUGGUUUAGAUAGUAGUUCAAGCUUUGCAGAGCCCAGUCAUUGUCUAAUGCUGGCUUGUCAUUACUAUUGGGUUUUAAUAUCCAUACAAGAAGCCAAUAGGUCAGUGGGAUUGAGGCAAGGCAGGAGGAAUGUGACAGGAUUGGAGGCCUGACUAGAUCCAGGUUUGGCUUUAGAAUUAACAACCCCUUAAGAUUCCUCAAAUCCUGUACAGAGAAAGGUCAUAAAGCUUAGGCUUUCCCAUGUAAUGAUCACAAUGCAGCAUGGAAACGGAACUAUAUUGGUCAUAUUCAUUUAUUAAUUCCGUGUUACCCAAUAUUUUGGAAAAUUGGAUGGUAUUAAGGCCUGUACCUAUGAAACUCCGAUCAAAACAAUAUAAACCAUGUUUAUAUCAGCAUGUUAGGGUAUUGGUUUGUACAAGCCAUUGUUUAAAUGCAUGCCAUACUGCACAACUAAUGAUUAUUAGGAGGUAGGCUAUAGUUUCCAGUUAUAUUUUAUUCUUAGAUAACAAAUGGGGAGAACAGAAUAAUCCUCCUCUGCCUAUUUGCAUUGACACAACUAAGCCACUCUGCCAUAUUGCUUGCCUUGGCAAAGACGGUAUCACCCUUACUGAUCGUAAAUGGGCGGUGCCUUUGGGCGAUGACAAGCGAGGAGAUUAAUCUGCUCUAAUGGUGGCAACUAAUAUCCUCAAAGAUGCCUCGCGAGGAAACUUUAAGCGACUUCGGAAAGUCCAAGCUGCGCAUAUGUUUUCCUAUCGGCAGUUUACUUUCUGGCCUGCAGGAAAGCAUUUGAGGAGAUUAGUCGCAACCGCUAGCGCAGAUUAAUCAUAGGGGCAAUUAAACCUCCUUGUCAUUGACCUAAGAUGACAACCCACCCUAGUAGUUCUUUAUAGGGAGAUAGCAUUUGAAAACACCUUUUUAAUCGAUAUUUUACUAAUCAAGUUACUGAUUUUAUUAUGAUAAGGAAUCAAUGGUAAAUAAAUGAGACAUUAUACUGUAAAGGGGAUCAUACAGGGCCAAUUGGGUCGGCUUUAGAACCAGAUAUGGCCGGUAGGCUGAAUGAAUGGAUGGUGUGAGUGCAAGGGGCUAUACACAAUAUGGCCACCUUUGUUUUGUUCCGACAGCAGAUAGAUAUCAGUCUGAAUUGCCAGGUCACUAUACAUGUACCAAUAGUCAUAUGAUUAGUGAUGAGCAAAUUUUUUCGCCAGGCAUGGAUCCGCAUCGAAUUUAUGCAUUUCUCCAUUGGUGAAUUGUUUAGCGAAUUUGGUGGAAAAAUUAGGUGCGCGUCAAAAUAGGCACGGUCGUGUCAAAAAUGGGCGCGGUUGGGUCAAAACUGGGCGUGGUUGUGAAAAAAAGACAAAAAACACGGACAACAAAAAAAAUCGUGCGAUGAAUGCGUUUUGUGAAUUUUUCUGCGUUUUGCAAAUUUUCUUGUUGUUUCGCAAAUUUUAUGGCGAAGCGAAAUGGAACAGAUUCGCUCAUCACUACAUAUGAUAUUUAAGCCAGCAACAUGUUCCAUAACUAGGGUUCUAGGUAACCUAGAAUCUACAUGAUGCUGCCAUGUCAGCGCUUUAUACACUACAAUCUCUAGUACUUGGUAUUUCUAGGAGUUACUAGGCCAAUUCAAUUUAGGGCCUCCCCAACUUUCCAAAUGAGAAUGUGUAUGGAAACAACUAAUAGUUAUCAGUCAGUGCCCCGCUGACCCACGGCUCCGCCCAUACCUUUAGGGCCUACAGUGGUCACAUGACCUGCUUCCUUGUGGUUACGCCUCUGCUCGGAAUAAGUAAGGAAUUCUAAAGGCAAAUACUUGAUCUUAAAACAUCUUUCCAACGAUUUUACCUUGAUAUAUAUCUUUGGCACAAUGGAACUAUCAUAUCUCUGCAUGUUUGAAAUGGGCCAAGUCAAACUCUUCUGCUGAAUACAAUGAAGGUUCAUCCUCACAAUCUUGAAUAGUGUUCUACUUGCUGAACUUGCUGAAAAAUUGUUAUUUUUAUAACAAAUCUACAGAGAGACCAAAUCAGGCCAGUUCUAUAUCGCUGAGCAGCUUAUUCCGUGAAUGUUGGUUGAUCCUCACCUGUUCCACCUGUACGUUUAUGGUAUGGCCCAGCAAGGUGUCGUCUCUGCUCCGAACCAUAAAGGCCAUUGAGAAUAUAAUCUAUUUUAAGUGAAAAUGCUUCUUUAAAUAACCUGUCAAGUCUGAAAUAUAUUUCUUACUUUGGAGAGCUGUUCUACCUAUUUAUUGUAAUGGUAUUUUGUGAAUAAAAAGUGCGAUGAUUCACUUCCAUUCUUUUGGAUUAAUAUCUGGUCAGUGUAACGUGCCUGCAACAUUGAAUUCAUGUGCCAAAACACAACAAUAAAUGCAUUCAUUUUACGUACAAAAAA